AUGCGCGACGACGAAAACCUCUCUCCUUCGCGGCAAUCCGACGGGGGCGCCUCGGGCGGACGAGCCAGUCCAUAUGCCAGCUGGCCUGGGAGCGCAACGUCCAGUGGCACGUAUUACGACACCGGAGGCACCGUUCCUUCCGUUCAGCAAAGUCAGACGUCGCCUGGGGUGUCACCAAAACGAAGCGGUUCCUCCCUGGGCUUCUUGCGCUCCUUCUUUAUAUUCAACCCUCCGAGCAACCUGCCGUUGAAGCAGACUGCGGUGACGCUGAGCACCGUCCUCCCGGAGAUCAUGAUACAUCACAUGCUAACGCCAUUAUACCCUUAUAUGACACGCGCGCUCCUCCCGGCGGAAAAAGCGUCGAAGGUGGGAUACUAUGCGGGUCUCCUGCAGUCCGCAUUCGCAUUUCCGAGUACUUUCAUGGACGCCGUCUGGGGACAGCUGUCCGAUUCGUUCGGCAGAGCGACAAUCCUUCUCGCCGGCCUCGUCGGGUACGGCGUGGGAACGAUGCUGCUGGGAUUGAGUAUGUCCUAUUGGUUGUCGGUCAUGUCGUUAGCGACGAUGGGCUUUUUCUCGAGCAAUUCGGUGGUCGCCAAGGGAAUGAUCGGUGAGAUCGCGACGGACGAUUCAUCCAGAGCAUGGGCAUACAGUGCUUACGGGGUGGUAUUCAGUUUUGCUGGUAUCCUGGGGACGUUGGCGGGAGGCUUCCUUGGAGACCCAGCCCUUUUUGCUGGAACUCAGUUUCUCCAUGAUCGGCCGUACUUCGUUGCCUGCUCGAUUGGGGCCUUCCUGGCUGGGGUAGGUGUUCUCGUCACCUUCCGAUAUCUCAAACGAUCAAUCCAGCGAGCGCCAUACACGGCACUACAUCCCGCAACAGCCAACACCGACUUCAAUACCAGCAUCGAAGACGCGGUCCCAUUAGAAUCCAUAGGCCUCUCACGGAGUUCCCAAACCCGUGACCGCCCCCGCCUCGGCCUCGCCUGGCGCCUAACCCCCCGUAUCCUCCGCCCCUACCUCUCCAUCAUCUCCGUCACAACCAUCGCCCCCAUCGUCCUCGCCACAACCUACAAACUGAGCCACAGCCUCUUCCACACCGCCCUCCCCCUUCUCGCCUCAAGCCCUAUCGAAACAGGCGGGUUCGGCCUCCCACCGAAAUCAACCUCGUUCGCCAUGACGCUCGUCUCUGUCGCCAAACUGCUGCUGAAAGCGAGUUAUUUUCCGAUUCAUGGGAAGGUGGGCACGACGUGGUCUUACGCGAUCGGAUGCGCGCUCAUCAUCCCCGGCGCGCUCAUACCCCCGCUUUUCGGACACGUGGCAUUGUGGCCAUCAAUAUACAUGUCCAGCGUCCUCAUCGGCGCGGGUGAAGGGCUGUGUUACCUCGCGUCCAUCAUGCUGUUAACGGACGCGGUGUCCCCGGCGCAUUACGGUUUGAUACAUGGACUGGCCGGCUGUGCAGGGUCGGUGAUGAAGACAGUGGGACCGACGAUUUCGGGCGCGGUUUGGGAGUUGGGUGUGGAGUGGGGAUGUCGGUGGCUUAUUUUUGGCGUAGUUGCGGGUGUGGCGGCGUUGGGCGGUGUGCUGAGUAGGAAAUUGGAUGUGCGGAAGUGGGAGUGUGGGGGUGAUGAGAGGGAUGAUUGA